AUCAAGCACAGCAUACACACACACACACACACACACACACACGUACAUGCAACCUCUCUCUUAUUCAUACGGUCACACAUAUACACAAACACAUAUGCGUGUGCCCGUAUUCACACGUACACAUAGUUACAGAUACAUUUUAUUAUUAUUAUUAUUAUUAUUACUUUGCUUUUUUUAUUUUCUCUUUUGUAUGUCCCGUACGGCCACUGAAGUGAAUUCUGACUAGCGCUGCACUGGCUCUUCGUACGGCUGGUGUCUUGAUCGGAUUCUCGUAAAACAAUAUUUUAUUAGGUCGUAUUCAGUCUGCGUAGUCGCCUGCGAUUUUGUUCACUUUCGUCACAUCCACGGUUCAUGUUUAGUGUUAAUGUCAAUAUAGUAAUAUCGUAAUCACGUCAAUAUGGCGUAGUGUUGCCGUUCGAUUUCAUCGACUUCGCCGUCGUCACCGUCACCGUCAUCGUCAUCGUCACCGUUGAUGGAUAUUACCGUAGUGCUAUCCAAGACGCAAGUGCAAUAAAUUAUAAUUUCAAUGCUUAAUAUUAUUGUGGAUAGUGCAGUAUAAAUAGUGCAAUCAGUGUCUUAUGUUUAAUUUUUUAAAUAUUGACGUUCAGUGCUCAUUUUAUUGGUUCGACGGCAGAGAAUAAGUAACGGAAUCCCAUGAUUCUGACGGCUUUUGGUACGAUCCUACAACGGAUAUCUGUAGGUUCUUUGUAAACCAGAAAAGUUGCUUGUCAUUUCUUAAAUAUGACUACGUCCAUCAGAUCCAUCCCAUCUGACAAGAUAAAUCUUCGAUUGAUUCUUGUCAGUGGUAAGACUAAGGAAUUCAUUUUCAGCCCCAAUGAUUCAGCGGGUGAUAUAGCUCAAGCAAUAUUUGAUAAUUGGCCAGAAGAUUGGGCGGACGAAGCGGUUGAAAAAGCUGAGAUCCUCCGACUGAUAUAUCAGGGUCGUUUUUUGCACAGCAACGUCACAUUGGGUGCUUUAGGCCUCGUGCCAGCCCGUACAACUGUUAUGCAUCUAGUGCCAAGGGAAACAUUACCCGAACCUAAUUCACAAGAUCAAAGACAGAAAAGUAAAGGUGCAAGUAGUAGUUGUUGUUCGGCAGCCUGUACUAUAUUAUGAAUGUGUUCUAUAAUAUAGGAAAUAUUAUGUAUUUAAUAAAAUGAAUCAAGUUUACUUAAGAUACAAUUUUUUAAUAAAAUGUGUAGUAAGCUAUAUCACCAUUUCCCUAUUCCCGUUGAUUAAUUGUGACCAUUGGUGGGUUAAUGUUCUAUACAUUUUUUUUUGACUAUUGUAUAUUUUCAGAAAUCCCCUCCAAUUUUUUAAUUAUUAUUUUUAUUAAUUGUCUUAUUUAGGUCUAAGGACAAAAAGUGUAAUUAAACUAUAAACUAGGUUUAUAAAUUCAUCACAGUUAUAUAGCGCAUGAUUUUUAAGAUAUGUGCAAAUAUUUUGCUUCAUUUGUUGAUAUUUUAUAAAACAAUGUUCAUGCGAUUUGUUAAGUGCUUAAUUAAUUUAUAAUUAACACAUACAAUUUACACUACCAUUAAUAAGGAUAACCGAACUAGCCUUUAUUUUGUGUUAUUGCAAUUUAUGAUAAAAUCUAUAAUCCUUAUUAUUAUCUGUUACUUAGAUUUGUUCGGUCUUCCUCGAUUAAAGAAACUAAUGAAAUAUAAAAUAUUUUUAUAAAAAUAUGUAUGUAAUUAAUAUACAUUAUAAACCAUUAAGUGCACGGUAUAUGAUUA